AUGCCGACGAACAACAAUCAAGAAGACCUUUACGUUGAUAACUUAUUGCGCAACCUAGCCACUCAGCACCCCAUUUUUUGGAGUCGCAAGGACGUGACCCUCAUGGGCAUACCUGAUAUCCUGCCCACCGUUCCUAUACCCCAAACAGAUAUAUCUGGCUUUUCUUAUACCGACGACGCAUUCGACUAUAUCUGUGAUCUUGACGAAGCCGCUGCUGAAGAAAAGGGUUCACACCGUUAUCUCGAGCUUAGAUCUUUAGUCGUCGCUUUCGCUAAGUGGUUCGGGCUGAAGCCAGUCAAGAUUCUUAACUGUUUAAGCGUUCCCUGUCUUGUCUAUCUAGAUGCCCCACUCCGGGAAAUGAUCAGAGGAACUUACAGGAGGGAAACUAUUCCGGAUCUUCUGAGGCUGUCCUUUCUGGGUCAAAGCGAUGACUCUCUGGAGGCCUUUGAUUUUGCAAUGCUUAUUGCCCUUGCAGAGGACCACAGAUUCUGCCAAGUGCAAAUGGACGUCGAUGAGUGCUAUACGACAAGAAUAGUCUAUCCCGAUUCUACUCUUGAAAAUUUUAUAUUCGUCACAGCAAAAGUGCCGGUGGAAACUCUAGAGGCUCUGGAGGACGACGAAGAGGUUGUGAGGAAAGUGAAGAUUUCCAAAUACACUGUGCCACUUGGCGACUUGCAAAGGGAAAGACAGCGUUCUGUUGAAGACAAUGGCAACUAUUCUGGAUGA